AUGGAAAAACGCAGCAAGGAAAAUAUUCUCCGGGUGGGUCUCGGUCCCGAUGGGGCCGGGGAAUCCCAUACGUCACCUUCGGGUGACGGGCGGUCCGUGUAUACGGAGGGGCCACUUUCUGCGAGGAGGGAGGAGGAGAAGGAGGAGAAGAGGAAAAAGGCGCGCGAUAAGAAGCGCGCGGAUCCCAAGCCGGUGCACCUUACCGCACCGGCCAGGGAUCCCAUAACUGACGAGGACACAGACUUCUCUGUGCCGCAGCCCGAUGCGGUGCGCCGGCUCAGAGUUCUCAUUGAUAAGAAGAUAGCAAGGGGCGAUACGGACGGCAUAAGGCAGAAAUACUUGGAUUUCACCUUAGGCCGUCCGGUUCGCGACCGCUCCACCGAUUGUGACAGCGAGGUCUCCUACUCGGCGUCCGGCAGCAAUAUGUCGCUGGACUCCGGGGAGCUGCCCGCACCCGGACGUACGACUCCUCUCAAGAGGAGAGUUGCCGAUGAUGACGAAGUGGCACCGUCCACCAGCAAGGCGACGGUGCCGGCACCCAAACGAGGACGUGGCCGGCCACCAACAACUGGCCAGUACGUCGGCUACGCUAAGGCGCAGGCCGAGUACAACAGGCAGAAGGAGGAGGCCCUCAGGCUACAAGCCGAAGAAGAGGUCGCCGAAACAGCGCGAAGGGCUAGGAGGACGUGGAGGGACGCCAGCUCCGCCCUCGCCGUGCUCCCCGCUUCAUCUCCUGCGCGAGAAGAGGCGUUGGAGAAGACGGGCGCUGACAUGGCCAAGACGGUGAAGGAGGCGUUGGAGACCAUUGAGAUGAUCGCCAAGAAGUCCGCAAACCUUAAGGGUACUUUUCAAAAAUACCUUAAGGAGUCGGUGACGACCAUCGCAAUGGUCUUCGACGAGAUGAGAAGUCGGUCCUCAUCAGAGGAGAUACAAAGGCUCGAGGCCCAGAACGCGCGUCUCGAAAAGCAAGUGGCGAACUUACGCCAGGAGCUGGACGAGAUGCGCAAACGGAGCUCGCCGCCUGCAGGAGAAGAUCACUUGCGUGAGCUAUUGGCCGAGGUCUCCCGUGCGAACGUGGAGACCUUCGGCAAUAUGCUCAACGCCAGGCUCGCCGGACUCGAGGACCGUCUCCUGCCGGAGCCGAGGCGGAGGCCACCGCUUGCGUCGGACAGGGAUCGGGAUGAAGACAUCCUACCCGUCCCCGCAAGCGUCGAUGUGCCCAUGGAAGGAGAAGCGCCGGGGCCCCCUCUGCCAAAGGCGAAAGGGAAACCGGCCAAGGCAAAGAAGGCUCAGCCGCCUGUCGCUGCAGCGGCCCCGCAAGAGGCCCCUGCCACAUCGACGGCGCCUAAGGGCAAAAAGGCCCGUAAAAGGAAGAAGCGGCCAUCAAUGGCCGCUCAGGAGGCGGCAAAGGGGGGGCAGAACACCAACGCCCCUCCCGCCGAGGCCCCGUGGACCACCGUCGGUCCGCGCAGGCCCAAGGAGAAGAAAGGGGCGGCUACUCCAUCUAAAGCCGCCCCUAGGAAGAAGAAGAAGGCCAAGCUCCGUGCCCCCAACACCGCGGCAAUCACCGUCACACUGAAGGCGAGUGCUGCGGAGAAGGGGGUCACGUACAAGGACGUGCUGCUGAAGGCGAAGGACGCGGUCGGUGGGGCAGUGCAGGAACUCGGCAUCAACAGAGUCGGGUUUCGCUUCCGGCAGGCACAGACCGGCGCUCGCGUUCUCACCAUCCCUGGCGAGGGCGCACAAGAGAAGGCGGAUGUACUGGCCGCAAAAAUGCGGGAGGUGUUGGAUCCGGAGGUGGUCAAGAUCGGCCGCCCGGCGAAAUGCGUAGAGAUGCGCAUCGCCGGGCUGGACGACUCGGCAACGACCGCCGACGUCAUCGAGGCGGUCGUCAGAGAAGGGGGAUGCCCGACAACUUCAAUUAGGUCGGGCCCCAUAACGAAAGGAAGGUGGGGCGACGGCUCGCUUUGGCUGAGCGUCCCCGUCGCGGCAGCCAAAAAGCUGCUCAGCUUGGGGCGGCUGCGAGUGGGCUGGGUCUCGGCGAAGGUGACACUGCUGGCCGCGAGGCCUAAGCGGUGUUACCGAUGCCUUGACACCGGCCACCUGGCGACGACAUGCCAGUGCCCGGUGGACCGCAGCCGGAACUGCUUCCGCUGUGGGAAGCCGGGGCACAAGGCCGCCGAGUGCCGGGAGAAGCAACCCAACUGCUUCUUCUGCGAGGCACUCGGCAAGGAGAAAGACCACGUGCUGGGUAGCAGCGGCUGCAUCACAGUAAAGAAGCCGCUCCCCAGCACCAAGCGCCGGAAGAGACGAGGAGCUCCCUCCGAUAAGGCUCGGCCGAAAGAGCCUGGAGCCGGCGACGCUGGGGUUAGUCAGCCCCAGCCCGCCAUGGAGGUGGAGCCAUAA